AUGAAUUUCUUCUACAUUUUACUCGUAGUUUUCAUAGCGUUGACCCAUUGUUCUGCUGCGGAACAAGCAGAAGAUAUGACACCAUUACGACGCGAUCGACGUGAUCGACACGGAUGUGAUCUUCCGACGAAAUUCGUCAAAGCUGUGUCAAGCUGCGGUCCAAAAGGAAAAUGUUGUGAUGUUCAUGAUGCUUGUUACAAAAGACAUGGCUGCACACGUGGAAGUUGGUUGAAGCCAUUUGGUGCUUGUGCUCGAUGCAAUGCUGCCGUUGUCGGCUGUAUUCAACUGCAAUUUCCAGGCAAAAGCGCAUGCUGUGCAAAGAAAAACUGCGGUAAACCACGUUAA